AUGACACAUAUUGAAAUUCCUAGUGAAUUACCUAGUAUUUUACGUAAUUUUACAUUAAGUGUAUUACGUACAAGACCACGUGAUAUAAUUGAUCAUGCUGUUGAGUAUUUUACGCAAUUACAACGACAACAAAAGCAACAAUCAGAACAACUCAUGACAGGCAACAAACCAGUGACGACAGCUUCUUCGUCUUCGUUUUCUUCUACUAGUCAACAACCGCAGCAACAACAAACAUCGGAUCAAAAUGUUAUAUCAUCAGAAAAUAUUGCAACUGGAGGAAACUAUAACUCAGCAUUCGAAAAAGAUAAAUCAAUGACAAGUAUUGAUACAAAGAAUUCAGAAAAUAUAUCAAAUGAACCUACAUUAUCAACAUCAACAGAAGAAGAAACAGAUAAUGAAAAUAAAACAAGCGAAGAUGAUGAUGAAAAGGAUAACUCAUUUGAUGAUUUUGCUGCUGAUGAAGAGCUGCGACGUCAUUAUGUGAAAAAAAAUGAAUUUCGUCGAGUAUCUGUUGCAGCUGAACGAUAUAAUCCCGAAGAUGAUAAUGAUUCUGAUAGUGAACAAUCUCUUGUUUAUCCCAAGACUCCUGAACAACGACAACGGUUAAAAGAUGCAGUUUGUCAUAAUUUAUUAUUUCGUACACUUGAAGCUAAACAAAUUGAUCAAGUUCUUGAUGCAAUGUGGGAAAAAACAGUUCGCAAAGGUGAAGUUAUUAUUCAACAAGGUGAUGAUGGUGAUCAUUUUUAUGUUAUUGAUAAUGGUGUUUAUGACAUUUAUGUAUCAAAAGAAGCCGAUUUUAGUAAACCAAUUAAAGUUGGUGAAUAUAAUCAAACAGGUUCAUUCGGUGAACUUGCUCUCAUGUAUAAUCAACCACGUUCAGCAACAAUAAUUGCUAGUACAGAUGGUAUUUUAUGGGUUAUGGGACGACAAACAUUUCGUAAACUUGUUUUAAAACAUGCAUUUCGUAAACGACAAAUGUAUGAAAAUGUCUUACGUGAUCUAACUAUUUUACAAUCAUUAACUGAUUAUGAAAGAUCAAAUGUUGCUGAUGCUUUAAUUCCAGUUGAAUAUAACCAAGAUGACAUAAUUAUUAAACAAGGUGAUGAAGGUGAUCGAAUGUUUUUUAUUGAAGAUGGUGAAUGUGAUAUAUAUAUGAAUGAUAAAUUUCAUAAACGUAUAAAUAAAGGUGAUUAUUUUGGCGAACUAGCAUUACUUAAUCAUGAACCUCGAUCAGCAACAAUUAUUGCAGCUAGUCCAAAAGUUAAAUUAGCUUCAUUAGAAGUUGAAUCAUUUGAACGUUUAUUAGGACCAUGUAUGGAUUUGAUGCAACGUAAUACGUCCAAAUAUCUUAAAUAA